AUGAACAAUCAAAAGAAUCAUGUAUAUCAAUGCAAACACCACCAUUUGGUAAAAGAGGUGGUAACCUACAUCCCUCUAUUCCCACAAAAUACCAAUAGAGGACGUGAAGAAACCACGCCAUUGCGUACUAUUUUUGUUUCCUGUUUUAACUUGUGUAUACAAGGAAAGAAGGUGGCUGGGCAUCCAUUGGCUCAAAAUGAAAAAUGUUUACAUAUGUUUCUUCAAGAAAAAGUCAUUGAUCGUAACUGUAGACUUGGAAAAUUACGUAAUAUCUGAAGUAAUAAAUUUAUGAAAUCAAUUAAUUAUUACGUAAUAUGAUUUGUCGCUGUUGAUUAUAUAAGAUAGAUUGGAGAUAUUGUCAAAUAACCUGGUGGUGCUUAUAUUCUCUUUCACUUUCACUUCUCACGUUAUCACUAGCUCUUCUUUUUUUUUCUGCUAUUAUCAUUGACUUUGUCAUUACUUGUAUAUUUUCUUAUAAUAAUAUACCUUCUUUUAGAGUCAUAUUUAUGUGCUUGUUCAACUUUUUCAAAAUUAUAUUCUCCUCAAACAUUUCCUUGUUGUUCUCAUGGACAAACUACAUCACAUUCAUAAAACGCUAAUAUAUUGUUACUAAUAGAGGAUUAAUCAUUCGAUUAGUUCUCUAUUUUAUCAACGAGUAUCACUAACAGUUUGCAUAUACAUCUAUGUAUGUAUGUAUGUAUGUGUGUGUGUAUUCAUUUGCUUGUCUCUAGGAUCAUUAGUCAAUGUACUAAUCAUUGUUUACGUAUUGAUAUAUUGUGAUGCGUUGACUACUUUACUAAUAAAUAUGAUAAUAAACAAUUGCUUUUCAAUAUAUAUGGACGUUUAUCAUUACUUUGUUCUAAUCUGAUUUGCUUUAUUUGAUUUAGUUUCAUGAUCUUUAACUUAUUGUUUCU